GCAGUCCCUGCUCCUUAUCUCCCUAUAAAGGAGGCAAGGACCUGUUGCGCCUUAUUAAUCGCCAAGCUGCCAAUCCAAAAGAGCGCACAACGCGAGAAAUUGUUAGAAAGUCUGUUCCCAACAGAGUCCAUGGAUUUGAAAGAGUUGGGAGAUGAGUCGUCGGAGGGAGGCACGGAGGAUUUGGACAGUUUGAAAGCUCUGACAGAGAAGCUGAAGUUACAGACUCGGAGACCAUCCUAUCUGGAGUGGCAGGAGAGGGUGCAGAGCGGACCCUGGAAGGACGGAUAUCCAGAGGACAGCGCAGGAGGACAAGUCGUCUCCAUGCCUGCACUUUUGAGAAAUGAGAACUCAGAAUUAGUUGUGCGAAACAUUUGUGGCUUUGAUACAAUUGAUGAUGCUUUGGAGUUUCUGAGAAAAGAGCUGAGAGAGAUGCAGGUUCAGGACAACCGUCUGGCCCGUCAGCUCAUCCGUCUACGGGCAGAGAUCCACCGGCUGAAAGUGGAACAAGUGUGUGACCGUCAUAAGGAGAUGCUGGACGAUGCAUCGUUUGAGCUGGAGGAGUGUGGAGAGGAGUCUGAUCUGCUGUGUGACAUCCCCAUGAAGGCUGCCUUCGCCUUGUCCACCCCCCUUAAACAUCUGGGCCUCACCAAGAUGAACAUCAACUCCAGACGUUUCUCUCUGUGUUAAUAUCAUAACAUAUUUAUACGUUGAGGAAGUUCCCAUCUCCUCCUCCGGGUUCAUGUAGCGUUAUUAUAAGGGUUAUUUCCUCUAUGUGGGAUGUUCUCACAUCACAGUGGCUGCUGGGUAAUGGUACCAUAAGUGUGAAAUUAAAAUAUUCUUUAAUGUGCAGCCUUGUUGACAUUCACAGGGUGUUGCAAACCUGAACCAGCAGAUACUCGUGACUCUGACACACCUUGCUGCUGGAAGAAGCCUGUGGUGUUCAGCCAAUGUCUGUUCUGUACAGACUGCAAUGUGAAGACAAAAAAGACAGACUGAACUUUAAAUAAUGGGCAUUAUGUUCAAUAUGUUUUGGUGUUGAAAAGCAGUUCCAUACCUGCGAAGACUGAUGGAAAAGAAAACAUGUGUCUUUAAAAAAAAAGUAUAAGAAUAUAAGGAACAUUUUCUCCUGUAGCUAUAGAAAUCUUCACAGGGGUAUUAUUCUUCGUAGACAUAAAGUGGGAGGUCACUCUCCAGCGUUUUUACACCUCUCCUUCACACACCAAAAAUAUCUCUAUUGCCUCAACAGUGCUGUGACAGGACCCAGGAGCCUGUGCAUAAAGUGUUACGCUUUCCACUACUGUGUUCAGAUACUGCUGAGCACAUAAUAGAAACUAUAUAUAGCUGGACAACGACCAAGUGUAUUAUGUUGCUAUUAAAUAAAUUUAGGGCAAAAUGAACUAUAAUCUAGGUUGAUGAUACCAAAAAGAGAAGAUCUGAGAGUUGACAUUGGUUUUAUUUGUGUCACAUGUACAAAAAAAAAAAGCAUCUGUUGACAUUGAUAUUACUCAAGUGUAGAUUUUUCAAUCAUGUUACUGAUUAAAAAUUUAUACUCUGUAAAAUUCUACAAUAAAACAUGUUGCAGUGUUUUUCUUGCAUAUGCAACACAGCAUUAAAGACCUCCUCUAAUGUA